AUGAGUUUAUUUGUUAAUGAAAAUGAAGAUGAAACAUAUCAUGAAAUACCAGUUAAAUUUCAAGAAGAUGAGGAAAUAAUACCUGAAUUUCCAGAAAGAGAAGUUGAAUGUAUGCUACCAUUGAAGUAUCAACAAGAAAUUGUGGAAGAUAUGUUGAUUAAAGAUGGGUUGCUAAUUUUAGGCCAUGGGUUAGGUUGGGAUAUUAUAACCGCAAAUUUAUUACAUGCUUUAAGUGCACCAUUUGUUAUAAAUAAAGAGAAUAAGAAAGGUUUAAUAUUUAUAUUAAAUGCUAAAGAUGAUGAAAUUGUAAGAUUAUGUGAAGAAUUGGAGGAUUUAGAAAAUAAAUGUAUAAUUAUGAAAGAAAACACGUCUCAAAAAAGAAGUAAAAUGUAUCAACAAGGUGGGAUUAUAAGUAUUAGUCCAAGGAUUUUAGUUGUUGAUUUAUUAAGUGGUAUUAUAAACCCAAAUGAUAUAACUGGUUUAUUUAUACUCCAUGCCGAUCGUAUAAAAGAAACUUCAAAUGAUGCGUUUAUUAUAAGUUUAUACAGAGAUAAAAAUGAAUGGGGUUUCAUAAAAGCAUUUUCUGAUGAACCUGAAUUAUUUACUGGUUUUACACCUUUGGCUACUAGAUUAAGAAUGUUACGAAUAUCAAAUGUAUUAUUAUGGCCAAGAUUUCAUGUUAAUGUAACUGAAUCUUUCAAGUAUCAAAAGAAAGGUAUUCGAUAUGUAACUGAAAUAAAUGUGAAAUUAACUUAUAAAAUGAAUAAAAUUCAAAAUGCAUUAUUAUCAUGUAUACAAGCAUGUUUAGGUGAAUUAAAAAGACAUAAUCAUGAAAUUGUAAAUGAUUAUUGGGAUAUGGUAAAUAUUCAUGAUGUUGAUUUUGCAAAGAAAAUUAGGAUAGGGUUGGAUCCACAUUGGCAUAGGUUAACUUACACAUCAAGACAAUUGGUUGGUGAUAUUGCAGUAUUGAUUGAUUUAUUAAAUGAUUUAAUCUUAGUUGAUUCAGUUACAUUUUAUCAACAAAUACAAACUAUAGUAGAUGCAAAUAUUAAAACUCAAAUGAAUAGAUCAAUGAGUCCAUGGUUAAAUCUUGAUGAAUCUACAACAAUUUUAAAUUUUGCAAAAGAAAGAGCUUUGGAGAAAUUUGAAGGUGAAUAUUUAUUAGAAGAAUUACCAAAAUGGAAACAAUUAAAGAUUCUAGUUGAAGAUAUUUCGCAUGAAGGUGAUGGUACCAUACUUAUUAUGUGUUCAUCAAGAAGAGUUGCACAUCAAUUAUCAAAAAUAUUAUCUGGCUCAAAUAUAAUGAUUGAAAAACUACGUGAUUAUCUAGCAUGGAAAGAAAUGAAUACUUUGGUAAAGAGAAUAUCGAAAGAGUUGGAAGAAGAAGAGGAGGAAAUUAACACAUCAAAAACAUUUUCAAGAAACGGUCAACCUAUAAGUAAACGUAGAAGAAUGAGAGGAGGUAAACCAGAACCAGUUGUAACUCAUGAAGAUUUAGAUGAUGAUAUUAAACAAUUUGUAGUUGAACAUAUAAAUGAAGAAGUACAUGAUUCACGAAUACAUUUAAAACACAUAUCAAAUCAAAUUAUUAUCCAAGCAUAUGAUGAUAGAAAUGAUGCUCCAUUAUUACAAGAAUUAUCACCAUCACAUAUAAUCAUGUAUGAAGCAAAUCUAUCCUUUAUUAGGCGUGUUGAAAUUUAUCAAGCUAUAAAUCAUGAUAAUCCUGCAAAAACUUAUAUAAUGUAUUAUGGUAAUUCAAUAGAGGAACAAAAACAUUUACAAAGAAUAAAAAAAGAGAAAGAUUCAUUUACAAAAUUAAUUAAAGAAAAGGCUAAAUUGGGUAAACAUUUUGAAACAUCAGAAGAUAAUAAUAAAUUCCAUGUACAUAAAAAUCAAAUUAACACAAGGAUUGCCGGUGGUGCAAAUUUCCGGACCAAUCAAGAUGAAAUGAGAAUAAUUGUUGAUGUUAGAGAAUUUGGUUCUUCUUUACCUAAUUUAUUAUAUCGUAUAGGUAUCAAAGUUGUUCCAUGUAUGAUUACAGUUGGUGAUUAUAUAUUAUCACCUCGAAUGUGUAUUGAAAGAAAAUCCAUACCUGAUUUAAUUCAAUCUUUUAAAAGUGGUAGAUUAUAUCAUCAAUGUGAAGCAAUGUUUAGACAUUAUGAAAUUCCAAUUUUAUUAAUUGAAUUUGAUGAAAAUAAAUCAUUUGCAUUGGAACCAUUUUCAGAAUCAAAAUUUUUAAAAGCUAAAAACUCAGAUAAUAAUGAUAAUAGAUUAAAACAAAAUUUACAAUCAAAAAUUCUAAGUUUAUUAUAUUCAUUUCCAAAAUUGAAAAUUAUAUGGUCUGCAUCUCCUUAUGAAACAGCACAAAUACUUUUAGAAUUAAAAUCAAAUCAAGAAGAACCAGAUGUUGGAAUGGCGUUAGAUAAAGGUGUGAAUAAAGAUUUAAUUGUGACUGAAGGUGGUGGACCUCCAAUUAUAAAUGAUGAUGCUUUAGAUUUUAUACAAACUAUACCUGGAAUUAAUAAUUUAAAUUGUUAUCAAUUAAUACAAAAAGUGAAUAAUAUAGAGCAGUUGGUCCAAUUGGAAAAGGAAGAGUUCAUGAAGAUAUUAGGUGAUGAAAAUGGUAGAAAGGCCUAUAAUUUUAUAAACAGAACAAUCAAAUAG